AUGGACGGUCUCCCCGAAGAUUCCUCCGACACUUCCCAACAAGCCUCCACCUCAAACGAUGACCAGGGAGUCUACUUCGUCCCCUACAGGUGGUGGAAGGAGGCGCGGGAAGCUUCCUCGGCGCUUGAUUCAGAUGGGGCGAAAGGGAUUACGUAUACGGUGGCGCCAGCGUCUUCCUAUGGUGGGCCGAUGAAGAUAAUCAACAACAUAUUUAACUCAGAUCUUGUGUUCAAUUUGAGAAGAGAGUGUGAUAACGUGCAGAGUAAUGAGAAUGGAGAAGUGGGAAUUUCGGGUCGGGACUACGCGCUGGUUCCAGGGGAGAUGUGGCUGCAGGCACUUAAAUGGUAA